CAUCUCCACUUCCUGUUUCCUCAGGGACUGAAAAAAGGAAGAUGUGGCAGAGGAAUCAGACCUCCCUGGCAGACUUCAUCCUUGAGGGCCUCUUUGAUGACUCCCUCACCCACCUUUUUCUUUUCUCCUUGAUCAUGGUGGUCUUCCUCAUUGCAGUGAGUGGCAACACUGUCACCAUUUUCCUCAUCUAUGCUGACCCCCGGCUUCAUAGACCAAUGUACUUCCUGCUCAGCCAUCUUUCCCUCAUGGAUCUGAUAUACGUCUUCACAAUCAUCCCCCAGAUGGCUACCAACUACCUGUCUGGAAAGAAGUCCAUCUCCUUUGUGGGCUGUGCCACCCAGCACUUUGUCUAUUUGUCUCUGGGUGGUGCUGAAUGUCUCCUUCUGGCUUUUAUGUCCUAUGACCGUUACGUUGCCAUCUGUCACCCGCUGCGUUAUUCUGUGCUCAUGAACAGAAAGGUGGGGCUGAUGAUGGCCAUCAUGUCGUGGUUGGGAGCGGCCGUGAACUCCCUAAUUCACACGAUGAUCCUGAUGCACUUUCCUUUCUGUGGGCCUCGGACAAUUCACCACUUUUUUUGUGAGUUUCCAGCUAUUGUGAAGUUGGUGUGUGGUGAUAUCACUAUUUAUGAGACCACCGUGUACAUCAGCAGCAUUCUACUAGUCCUCCUCCCCAUCUUCCUGGUUUCGACAUCCUAUACCUUCAUCCUGCACAGUGUCAUUCAGAUGCGUUCAGCUGGGAGUAAGAGAAAUGCCUUUGCCACUUGUAGCUCUCACCUCAUGGUGGUUUCCCUCUUGUUCGGUGCCUGUAUUUUCUCAUAUAUGAGGCCCAGGUCCCAGCACACUCCAUUGCAAGACAAAGUUGGUUCUGUGUUCUAUACUAUCAUUACUCCCACAUUGAAUCCUCUGAUUUAUACUCUGAGGAAUAAGGAUGUAGCUAAGGCUCUGAGGAAGGUAAUGAAGAGAGAUGUUAGCACCCACUGA